CUGCACUUGCCCAUCCUCACAGCGCGGAGUGCGGCACGGCGAGCUCUCUACCUGGAUGUAGAAGCAGACACGCCGCCCGCCAGCCCUGGACUUGUCUGCUCAUACCAACCUGGGUGUGUCGUCCCUCCCCCGCCGGGCGCCAUGAACCACACACGACCGCCUUCCCCGCCGUUGGCCGCGGCUCGCCCCAGGAAUUCGUCGUCGUCCAUCGCGUCCCAACAUGCCACCACCAGCAACUCGACGCUGGCAGGCCCCUCCAGCUCCAAGGCCCGCGGCAGCACUCCCAGCCGCUCGCCUGCCCAGGCUGCAGACGGACGCCCCGGCCGCGCAGCCAGCAAGGACAGCCUCAAGCAGAAGAUGGCGGCCAAGAUCCCAGAAGAGCCACCACGCCCAAGCAAAGCGGAUGAGCAACUCAAGGUGCUGCGUUCAGAGUUCGACAGCCUUCGCGCACAUCUCACAUGCAAGAUCUGCGACCGCCUGCUCUACCAGCCAUACACGAUAGCCUGCGGACAUACAUACUGCUACAGCUGCCUUUGCACGUGGUUCGUCAACAACAAGCAGCGCAAAACAUGUCCGGACUGCCGAACCGUGGUGACGCAUGUGCCCGCUCCGGCGUAUGUGAUCCGCGACAUGACCAGCGUUCUCAUCGGCCGAGCCGAGUUACUUCCCUCCGGCUCUGGCGAUACGAUAGAGCAGCACAAGCAAUGGCAAAAGGAAGAAGCUGAUGCUGUCCAACUAGACAAGGACAACACCGAUCCUCGCACAGGUGGUCUGUUCAAGGGAUGUUUCAAGUCUGCUCACGCACGAGGUCCUUCCCUGCAAGUAAUUCGCGACCAAGAAGAUGGAGUCGAACGCUGCCCUGUGUGCUCGUGGGAACUCGAGGACGGCGAAUGCGUUCAGUGUGGACUGUUCUUCGACGAGAACGGAGAGUUAACCUGGACCGACAGCUUCACUGGCUUCAGCGACAUGGACGAGAUGUCCGAGCAAGACCUGUCGGGCGAAGAUCUUGACGCCGAAAUGGACAUGGAAGAUCCGGAUUUCGAUCCCUAUGGACCACCUCCCGGCAAUUGGGAAGACUACUAUGGUCCAGACGAAGGCAACUUUAUGAUGCAACGUUUUCUCCAACAUGGCAUUCCACAGCAUGCCCCAUUCUCACGAAGGCCCAUGUCGCAUAGUGAGGCUGGCAGCAGGCGAUCAUACUCGCAAAGCAUCGUCUCUGAUCUUCUGCCCGAGGAGAUGGAUACCGUAGAAGAAGAGGACGAAGAAGACAUGGAGGAAGACUCUUCCAUGAACGACUUCAUAGACGACGACGAGGAUCAGUCAUCCGCAUCCGCCGGCGCCUCGUCAACCCCUGGCCAGACGCCUCAACCAUCAAAUUCCCAAACCAGAAUCAAUGCAAUCAAUCGGAGAGCUCGACGUGUCAUUGAAGAAUCGGAGACGUCCUCCACCAUUUCAAGCGUGAUCGAGGAGGAAGAGGAAGAGGAGGAGGAAGACGAAGAAGACCAGGGCCCAAUCCGCAGAGGUCAGAGAAACCGUGCUCAGACACGCGUUCUGAACCGCGCGAAUGGCUCAAGAGAACCAUCGGGUCCUCCGUCUUCCACAUCCACAGAUGUGUCCACUGAUGAUCUAGACGAAGAUACGCAGGCAUUGUUGCAAUCCCAGGGAUGGAUGCUACAGCACCAUGGGCCGGAUGAGAUGGGCGAGGAUGAUGAUAGCGAUGGGGGAAGAACGACGGUUGGGUCGUCGACUGUUGGGUGGGAUGCGACCGCGAUUUCCAAUGAUAGAGUCCGAAUGGGCGGUUCUCUGACACCUACUGCAGAUCGACCUCGACCCAAUAAUACGAUUCGCCCUCCUUCCCGUGUGGGCAACCCACUCCGGCGACAGGCCUCGGCCCUAUCUACCGCGAACGCCCAUUACGAGGAUGGCGAGGCCGACGAUGACGACUCCGAUGUAGACCAAGACGGGGACAUUACGAUGGCCAUAAAUUCCCUCCGUAACCGAAGGUCUCGAGCACAGCUACGCAAUGCUGCGGCCUUUGCCAACUUCAACAACCGUUAUUCGAAUCGUGGCUUACCCCAAGGCAACCCGAUCGAUGCGGAUGCUGAGGGUGAUUCGGAUCAUUCACAGGACGGUCGCCGACGAACGCGUCAACAGGCUUAUAACCCUCGCAUCAGUCGACUGUUCGCUGAUCACCUGGGCGCACUUCAGGAGAUCCAAGGUGGUCUGUUGGUGGACAUAGAACCUCGCUCAAUUACUCCAAUUGCUCGCCCGCGUACAUCGAAUCGAAACCGACCGAGUCCUGCGCAAGCGUAUUCUCCAUUCUUGCCUCCUGCACCAGUGCGCAUGCGCACGCCUCUCAUGAAUAAUACUGCAAAUCCUGCCUUGCCUCGCGCUCCAGCAUCUCCACCUAGACGGACAGCGCAUACGCCGAGCCUCUCCGAAGUCCUCCAUAGCGAAAACGCUGCAAACGCAAGCCGUUCUGCCUCCGUCACUUCCGGUAGCAGUUCUUCCGUGGUACUGACGCCUGGCACCUCGACGCCUACGUCGCAACAGUCUAACAGCACGGCAUCGCAACCUCAAGCUGGAUUGAGCAUCGACAUGGGACACCGUCCACCCAGCAGAGUGAACUCGCGUCCCCCUUCAGCUGCUGGACGACGCAAUUCGGCGGGUUUUUCGCCGGUGUAUCCCCAAUUUCCUCAUUCCAAUGUCGGUCUGAACAUCCAGGGUCGCAUCUUCCCUUCACAGGCGGGGAACCCAUGGGGUGCUUUCGUACAGCCUCGCAUCCGAAAUCUCAACUCGCGCCAGGUGCUCAGGGAACAAUCCUCGACCGCCACAUUGAGAGCCGUCAGUUCUCGAGCCAAUGUCCGAGAGCCUGCAGCUUCACCGCAAGCUCCAAGAACCCAAGCCUCGCGCAUCGACUUGCGUGCUCAGCCUUCUCGCCGCCGGCUCAAUACUCAGUCUUCUACACGAACUCUGCGAGCAAGCGAACACGCUCGGCCACCCCCAUCUCCCACUGCUGGGGCUGCGAGCGGUGGCGCACAACCUGCUUCGCGCCCCACGCGAUACACGCCCGAAGAGACGGACCGUCUUGCACGUGAGCUCAUCAACACCAGGAUGCAAGUAUUGAGACCACCCGGGCCGACACCUGCACGCAACAAUCCAUUUGUUCCAGGGUUCAGACGCCCGGCCAAUCCCUCUGAAGCGACAGCUGGUGCUACAAUAGCGUCAUAUCACACCAGGAGCAAUUCCAAUGAAUCCGCAACCUCUGGAGGCUCCUCGCAUACCACAACUUUGACGUCGUCCUCGCCUGGACUUACUCGCAGGCGAAGCAACCGUCACAUGGGUGUUGCGCCACCGGGCGUCUUGCCUGCGACUUCGAAUGGUACUUUCCCGACAGCGGCUUCGGGAUACUACGCUCGCCAGAGACAGAACUCUAUCGGUAGCUCCACUUCCGCCUUCGAUAUGCCCCUAGAUGCGAAUGCCCGAGGCAUGAGUCCGAUGUUGGCGACUUCCCUCAUCUAGCGGAUGAAGUUACAUGACCCAUGUUAACCAAUACUCUCGACCUCAGCCGAAUUUUCUUCACUUUCUUUUCCACAUUCUUUACUUACAUUGGGGUUUCUGGGCAUGGGAUCGGUAUGAGUAAGGAUCCAUCCGGAUUCAAUGAAGCGGACAUAUGAGUCACGAUUACUGGACGCCGUGGUAUGAAAUGAUACGGAGUUGAUUAUGUUGAAUGGCAUGGCAUCGGCGUCUCUCUAUUCGGCAUUAUACCACGGUAAUAGCAUCUCUGUCAUUAGCGGGCGUUGAUGAUACCAAUUCGAUCAUUUUGAGUGUGCUUGUCGCUUUGCAAUUGACAGCAUUGUGUUCCC